GGAAAUCUUUCCAGAGGAAAAAAAAAAAAAGUCCUGAAAAUGGGUCUACUGAGUUCCAAGAGCUCCAAAGUCCGGCAAGCGCAGGUUCUUCUCCUGGGCCUGGAUUCGUCGGGGAAGUCUACUCUCCUUUAUACGUUGAAGCUCGCUCGGGGCAUCACCACCAUCCCGACCGUCGGUUUCAACGUGGAGAUGAUUGAGCUGGAUAGGCAUCUUUCACUCACCGUCUGGGACGUCGGUGGACAGAAAGCAAUGAGGACCAUGUGGGAUUGUUACUGCGAGAACAUCGACGGGCUCGUCUACGUCGUGGACUGCACGGACCUCGGGCGACUGGAAGACUCUCGGAGAGAGUUUGAGCACAUUUUGAAGAACGAGCACAUUAAAAAUGUGCCUGUUGUCCUGUUAGCCAACAAGCAAGACGUGCCAGGCGCGCUGAGCGCCGAGGACCUCACCAGGAUGUUCAAGGUCAAGAAGCUCUGCAGCGACCGCAGCUGGUACGUGCAGCCCUGCUGCGCCGUCAGCGGGGAGGGGCUGGCGGAGGGCUUCAGGAAACUGAGUGGGUUUGUGAAAAGCCACCUGAAGGCCAGAGGAGACUCGCUGGCAUUCUUCAAGCAGCACUGACGCUGGGAGAAGGACCGCGCACUGAGAGACACUGAUCAAUGCGAAAGGCGCUGUGGUAAUUGGAAUGUGGUGGUUACAUGAUGUUACUUGAAGAUGUCCAAGUGAAGGAGUAGAGUCAAUAGGUCACAGUCUGAUGGUACCUGCUGGCGGCUGUGGCCUUCUCACAAGGAGGAUCCUGGGAACUUCCACUCUCUCUCUGCUUCACCUUCCUGUUGGUGUGCCAUGUGUGUGAGACCUACCAGCACCCUGGAGAUGCAUCCACUGCCAUUGGCCCCACAAGACUUUGCACCCACCGGCCUGUGACC